UUCUGAUUUUCUAUAUAAAUACAGAACUACUCGUCAGGUUUUGCUCCCAAAAUUCAAAAUUUUCACAUUUCCCGCAAACACUCUCUGCACUCUGAAAGCUCCCAUGGAAGCCGAAGAGGAAAAUGUAGACCCCACACUUCCUCAACCCACUCAAUCUCACGCUUGUCCGAUUAAAGAUAUGGAGCGGGUUGUGGCCACAGUCACUGGCUACCAUGGCUUGGAGCGCUUCAAUCUCAUCAAGCUCAUUAACUACGCCGGCGGCAGUUACUUCGGCUCCAUGUCCAAAUUAAUCACACACCUCGUGUGUUGGAAGUUUGAAGGAAGGAAAUAUGAUAUUGCUAGAAGGCUUAGCAUACCUGUAGUCAACCAUCGUUGGAUUGAAGAUUGCAUAAGGGAAGGAAAGCGCCUCCCGAUAGAUUCUUAUACCUUGCAAAGUGGACAUGAAGUAGGGCCAUUGUUACUGGAAGUUCCAGCCUCCUUUGGACCGAGCAGCUGGAUAAAGAAUAAAGGGGUUAGUGAUGGCUUAUGUGAUAUUGAGUCUGAAAGGCAAAUUACAGACAUCAGUUUUGGAGCUCCCAGUUAUGUUUUGGAAGAUUCUUGUUUAAUGAAAAAGUGCGAGGAGACAAGUUUGCAUUCAUCUAGACGGUUAAAGAAGGUAAAAAGAAAUAUUUCCUGUGAUAAUGAAGUUAGUACUGCGGCUGGACCUUCUCGCAAGGAAAGAAAGUUUGUGAAAAAGGUUGUUAAUGAAAUGGUGUCAGAUCCUGUGAUUUUGGAUUUAAGCCCAGAUGACCGGCUUUGCAGAAGGGAUAGAGAUAGAUUACACACUGAAGCUGCAGCUACCUCUAGCCUUUCUGGUUGUGUCGAUGUUAACGAUCUUCAAGAAAACAGUUCAGGACCUGAUGCUAGAUUAUGCAAUCAAAAUAGAGCGAUGAAUGGAAGUUCAGAUGGCAUCGAACAGAUCACAGAUUCAAAUCAAAUAGAAGAUCCCCAACCUGUGGAACAAACAUCAAUAGAUUUAUGUUCCAGUGCUGGAAAGUUUAUUGAUGGUGAUCAGGUUGAUAAUGUUGCUGGCUCUCCUACUUCGAAUGAGUGGUCAUGUGUUAUAUGUUUCGAAGAUUUCAGUUCAACAUUGGGGGUUUUGCCAUGUGAACAUACGUUUUGUUUGACAUGCAUCCAGAGAUGGGCUCAUCAAAGGAUCUCAAUGGGAAAAAUAUCAACCUGCCCUCUGUGCAAGGCAAGUUUUGCAUGGUACAAGAUAUUUGAGCAUGCAGCCACAGCUGAUAAAAAAUUAAACUCCCAGACAGUCCCAUGUGACAAUUUGGCCUCAGUUACUUAUAUCCCCAUGGAUCAAGAAUUACCAGAUAAUAGCUUUGAGGAUGGCGCUUGUGUAGUUUGUCGUACUCGGGGCCCUGAUGAUCUCAUUGAGACUUGCAAUGUUUGUUGGACUCGAAGAAUCCAUUCCUACUGCAUGGACCCCCCUACAUAUCCUUGGACCUGCACGCACUGCAAGGAACUUCGUAUGCUUUAUCGUAAUCAAUCAUAUUAGUUCGAAUCUUUUUAUCCAUUACUACUCAUGGAAUGGAGCUCCUAAGCAUGUCCGGAGUCAAAUGAUGUUUUCAGAACAUUGCCUGACUGAAAUUCAUUGUUAUGGAUGGGAACUGUGAUGUUGUUGUUUACAUGAAGCGAAACUGUAUUUUGCAUUUAUAAGUGAUUUAACUUAAAGCUCUACAGGACUGUAAUGUAAGCGCAUGCUUGGAUAGUACAAUUUUUCUAGUUUACUUUGCUCAAGAACCUUUUGGAUGGUUAAUAUAUUUUAGACAUAGGACUUUAUUUGAUAA